CUCGCGCAGCAGCUGAGAUCUGAUGGAGCCGCUCACCUGAGAUCAGUGUCUUUAACAGAAACCCACCAGAACACGAACCGGAACCCGAUUCCGUCUUUCAGCAGGUGAAUCAUCAUCUACACGCAACAACUUCUCCUUGCAGCCAUGAGCCGUCUGUUGGUGCUGAUUGUGAGCGUCGGGCUCGCGCUCCUGGCGUGUUCCCGUCGCGGGGAGGCGCGUGUCAGGCUGAACUCCAUCAGAACCGUGAUCCUUCGAGGGGGUCACCCGCUCCCCGGGAACAGGAGCGCGUGGGAGCCGAGCAUGGACUUAACGCUCUACCAGUGCAUGAGUGACCUGGAGUGCAGCGAGGGGAGCUACUGCCACAUCCCCACCAAAGGCCCCGUCCACUCCCGCUGCCAGACCUGCCGCAGGAGGAACCGGCGCUGCCACAGGGAUGGCAUGUGUUGCCCUGGCAACCGCUGCAGCAGCAAUGUCUGCGUUCCUGAUGUGGACAGUUUUAUGUCUCAGAGGAUCCCAGACACUGAUGAAGACAUAAGUCCACUGUCUGGAAGGAAAGGAUGGAGGAAAAGAGGGAGGAUGGACAUCAAGGGAUCCUCCAGUAAAGGUCAGGUUGGCGACUCCUGCUUGCGCUCCUCCGAUUGUUCAGACAAUUUGUGCUGCGCCCGUCACUUCUGGACUCGUAUAUGCAAGCCGGUGUUGCGGGAGGGACAGGUUUGUACACGGCAGCGGCGUAAAGGACACCACGGCCUGGAGCUGUUCCAGCGCUGCCCCUGUGGGGCCGGACUCAGCUGCCGGACUCUGCGGGACCUCAGCACCCAGCCCUCAACACCAUCAUCGUCUUCAAUGCUGGCCCCAAAACCCAAAUCUGCUGUCUCCUCUUCCUCAUCUCGCCACUCUUCUCCGCACACCUCUGUGCUGUCCUCAACCUCGUCAUCAUCGUCUUCAGUGGUUUCAAAGACGAGACUUCACGUGUGCCAUACAAAUUAAAGGUGGACUGAUGGAAAGAAAGACAGGAACAGAAGGUUAAGUGAGGAAGAACUGUUUGAUUUUUCCACCAGUGAUGGGGCCAAGAGGCAAAGACAAACGGAGAAAGAAAGGUUUUUUUUUAAUAAAGGGAGGAUUGAAUGACAUUCCUGUUUUCACCUCCCCCUCCUCCACCUUAACCAGUAUCUGGAUGCUAAUUAGCUUCCCGUGAGGCAGCAUUGACACAUAAACUGAACAGGAUGUGAAACUCUUUGUAGUUCAGAUCUGGUUUCUUCAUGGGUGUCUAGACAGGCAGAAACCACUUUGAAAUCCAGUUUGACUCCAUUUACACCAACAGGAAAAGCGCUAAUGUUAAAUAUCUGGUGCGUGGUUGUUGUAGCUGCCUGGAGCAUGCAAGGAAAGAAAUCUUGAUUUUAACUUGAUGUCUCUUUACUGAGUAACCUUCAAAGUCACAUGCUAGCUGAAAUUUAGCAUUUAGCAUGAUUUUCUAGCUAAAGCUGAAAUUAAACAACCACAUAAACAAAAGUAUGAAGUUUAUCUUUAAUGCUUGUAAAUAAGGGGAAAAUGAAGAAGAAGUUAUCAAGUGAAAAAGCAGUUUAGUUGUAUUUCAUCAAGCGAUCUUUGGUUUAGCUGCAAAAAGGUUUUAUGUUUGCUUUAUGUUAAAUAGCUGUGGCAUGUCUGUUGUAGCUGCCUGGAGCAUUUCCAUCCUAAUAUUUCUUUAUCAACUAGCCACAAGUUUUAUGUUAGCUUAAAUUUAGCAUUUACUUGUCUAAAACUAAAAUUUAACAACACAGAAAUAUGAACAUUCAAUCUUUUGUAGAUUAGAGAAGAGAUGAAGAGUUGUGCUUGAGUAAAAAAGGCAUUCAGCUUUAGUUUAAUCGGGGGAUCAGUGGUUUAGCUGCAAAAUAGGUUUCCUGUUUUCUUAAUCCUAAUAUCUGAUGCAUGUCUGUUCUAACUGCCUCAAGCAUGCAGAAAAAGAAAUGUUCUCAACUUGAUUUCUCUUCAUAAGCUAAACCCAAAUUUAUAUGUUAGCUGAAGCUUAGCAUUUAGUUUUAAUUUAGCUAAAACCCCAAGAUAACUCUAAACAGAAGAAAAUGUUUUUAAUGCUUUGUAAUUUGUUCUAAAGAGAGGUAAAUGGAGCUUUGUUUUGUGCUAAAUUGGCUUUCUGUUUCAGUUUUAUUCUCUGCUAGCAUUGGCCAGAAUCACAGGAUUUUCAGCAGUGUGUGAGCAUCAUAAUGUCAAACAGCUCAUGUGUUCCCUCAAGAAAACUAAAAAUGUACUACAAGUAGCCAAUGUAAACAUCUUCUGUCAAGGUAACACCCAUCGGGACAUUUUAGUUUACUGCCUUCACAUUAAUGUAAACCUAUCAACCAUAACUGGUGUAUCAUGGUGUUGAAGUUCAUAAGAUUAAAUAUAUCUGUGAAUGUCAAUAGUAAUUCUUUUAACCUAAAUGUCAUAUAUAUUAGCUAAAUGUGACUUUAGUAUCUCCAAAAGAAAAUAUUUUUCUUCUUGAGUUAAUAUUUAAGGUCUGACAUUUGUCUGGAUGUCGUCUGAGUGCACUACUAUUGUGGAUAUAUAAUUUUUCCUAUAAACUGAGCCUUUGAAAGAUGGUAUAGCUGUCAUUCUGUUAUGUGUAACUGUGACCUAAUUCCACCACUUUAGGAAGGGAUCAUCUCUUUCUGUAGCUAAUGAUUGUAAAUCAGCAGUUUGUUUGAUUUUUUAUGAAUAAAUGGGUUUUCUUUCC